GGCGCCACGACUCCUUCUACUGUUCCUCUUACUGUCUAUAUACAAAACCGGGCCUCUUCACUUUCUCUGAUUCUCAAAGAGUGACGGAGAUCGAGGGAGAAUUGAUGUUUCUUUAUAUGGAUUUGUUUGUUCCCCCUCUUUUUUUUUUAUUGACGCGUUAAAGAAGAUCCCUGCCACCUGAAGACUUUGAAAUUUCUACUUUAUCAGCGGGAAAUAAAUUUAAAGAGCUCUGUAACACCCGGGAAUAUUCAAAAGUAGAUCGUUGUAUCCAUGGUAACCGCAGAUUUCCAUAAACAACGUUCUGAGUUACUUUCAAUUCUCUGGAAAUGGGUAACGAAAAAGUGGAGCUGGUGACAAAGGUAAAGCCAGAAAAAAAACAAUCACUAGUUGAAAAAUAUGAUAUUUCCCUCGAGAAGCUAUCCUUCGAGUACAUAACAGAAUCCCGAAAUGUACGAGAAAUCGAGAGGAUGAUCUUGAUUCUCCGCUCUGGGGAGGAGGGCUUCUUCCCAGAGCUCCUCAAGCACGCGGAGGAUCGUCUUCGGAGUUUGAAACCAGAGAGUCAAGUGUUGCGAGUUGCUCAGCCAAUUUUAACUCCACAAAUGCUUGAUAAGGAGCAACGGGAGUCGUUGGAGAAAGCCAUGAGCCAGUGGAUGCGACAGAUGCAUCUCCGAGAGAAAGAUCUGGAGGACGGAAAAGCUCUGGAUUUGACUGACACAAUUCCUCAACCGGAAAUCCGAAAAAUUACUGACAGAUCGAAGAAAUCGAGGUCUGGAGAGCAGAGUAAAAACUCCCAGAGGAUAAAAUCCUGUGACUACUCCGCCUGGGACAAGUAUGACGUAGACACUGAGGUCAACAGGAUUGACCUGAGGUCAGAGCAGGAGGUGGUGAGGGCGAAGCAAGUCCAGAGGAAGAUGAGGGAGAAAAAGUUGGCGGAAAAGGAAGCGAUAAAUAAGCUGGCGUUGACAGGAACUGAGAUCACGGUUUUGGCCGAAAAGGAAAAGGAAAAGGGCAACGAGGCGUUCAGGGUUGGGGACUACGAAGAAGCCCUUCAGCAGUACAGCCUAAGUCUCGAGAUUAACGCGACAAUAAAUGGGUACAAUAAUCGCGCUAUCACGUAUAUUAAACUGAGAAAAUACCAGGAGGCGAUUGACGACUGCGACAGAGUCCUCAGUCUCGACUGCACUAAUGUCAAGGCUCUUCUCCGUCGAGCUUCCGCUUUGGAGAGUCUAGGGAGGAAAGAAGAGGCUCUGAGGGAAUUUUCAGCUGCAUUGAAAAUAGAACCGAAUAACAGGACUGCGAUGAUGGGCGUCAGGAAGUUGUCAGUUUAUGAAGGCCGCAAGAAGGUCAGGAUGACCAUUGAAGAGUUCAAUGAAAAUGAAGAGGGGAUUGAUGAGAAAAAAGUUGAAGACACCGAACCAUCAACUGCAUCUGCCUCUUCAGAACGAAUAAUUGAAGAAGUUGAAACAAGCCCUGAAGAGAAAUUUGUGGAAUCGAAAAUUUCCAAGUGUGAAGGAAAAGGAGUUAAAUUCCCGGAGGAGUCCAGACCCAUGAAGAAGAGCAACGAGGUUUGCUUCUGUGACAGAGCACCAGGAUCUUCAACAUAUCCAAAACCUCUGCCUCAUAGACGAGGGGAAUAUUGUGUUCCUGUUGCCAGAAAUGAAAUUAAUAAGCACCAGUCAAUUUUCACGUUCUCAACCUCUUGUUCCAAUUACCCUCAGCCCUCUGGAGUGGUCAUUGAGGAAAUCCCUAGUGAACCAUGCGGACAAAUCACAAAGAAAAUUACGAAAAACGGAGAAAAAAAAAUGGAAGAAGAUAGCAGCAGGACUCCUGACAAUUUCAGAUUCAAUGUUGAUACUCCGUACGAAUUUCUGUGCACCUGGGAGUCUCUAAAAAAUGAUUCUGAUUUGAAACUUCGUGCUGAGCUACUCAAGGCCAUCGGCUCCGAAAAUUUAGAGUCAUUAAUUGGAUCGAGGCUAGACGGAGAAAUGUUUAGCACAAUCCUUCGUUGUUUGGAGCGCCAUUUUUGUCAAGAAGAGAACUUGGAGUUUGUUGAUAAAUUUCUCAAAGCCCUGACCGACUUAAAACGUUUCUCCAUCAUCAAGUUGUUCAUGAGUUCACACGAUAAGCAAGCUGUAAAAACCAUAACGGACUUUUUGGAGGAACACCAAGUAGCCACCACCAGUCAUCUUCGUGCACAGUAUAUAACCUUCUAAUGAUUCUCAAGGAAAUGUUUGUUUUUAUCAUAUAUAACCAUUGUAAUACCAAAAUAAUGGA